UUCUGAUUCGUUUUAGGGAGUCGUUCAACACAAGCGAUUCUGAAAGCGAAAGUGCGCAGGUGUGGAGAUCCGGCGCUCUUCACGCGGGCGUUGCGUCAUGUGACAAGCAAAACAAAGCGCUCGGAUCAGAUCAGCAGCUUAGGCUUCAUGGAGAAACCAGAGAUGGAGGAGCCUCAGUGCUCUCAGAGUGCCGAGAACGAAACAGUCGAGACUGAGCAAGGAAAAGGGAGUCGUCGUAAGCGGAGGUCUUCUUCACCUAGUCAAGUUUCAAUGAAGAGUGCUGAUUCAAUGAUCCAACCAAUGCAUUUUUCUUCAGGCAAAAGAGUUCGAAAGGCUUCACCAGAACCAGACCAUCUUUCGAUGAAGAGCGAUGACUCAAUGAUUCAACCAUUGCAUUUCAGUCAAGGAGAACAGCAGAAAUAUACAAGGAGGUCUUCUUCGCCUAGUCAAGUUUCAAUGAAGAGUGCUGAUUCAAUGAUCCAACCAAUGCAUUUUUCUUCAGGCAAAAGAGUUCGAAAGGCUUCACCAGAACCAGACCAUCUUUCGAUGAAGAGCAAUGACUCAAUGAUGCAACCAUUGCAUUUCAGUCAAGGAGAACAGCAGAAAUAUACAAGUGAGCUGCUUGAUGAGGUGCUGACAUGCUCAGUUUGUACUGAGUACUUAAAGGACCCAGUCUCUACAUCUUGUGGACACACAUACUGCAGAUCAUGCAUCACCAAGUAUCAGGCCCAGUCUGAACAUGGAGAAAGUGCUUGUCCAAAGUGUGGAAAAACAUCUGGCUCUUGUUCUGUCCUACACACAAACAUCGCUGUAGCAGAGUCGGCAAAGAAAAUCAAGCUAGCUCAGCAUAGUUCUGCUGAGGUUAUUGAGACUGGUGAAGUGGAACUAAGACUCUGUCCGGAGCACCACAAAGCUCUGGUAAUGUUCUGCAAAAGUGACCAGGCAACCAUCUGUAAGGAGUGUGCAGUGAAGAAGCAUCGAGAACAUGAAAAACAAUACAUCAAGAUCUCAACAGUGCCCAAUACUCUGAUCACGCUACAGAACAUACUGGGUAGCAUGACAGCCUCAGAGUUUCGGGAGUUUAAAAGAAAUUUGGGUUAUGAAUACCCAGAAUGCUUUGAGACAUUGCAAGCUAGUUCUGGCACUCAAGAUGUUGCUGAAAAGAUGAUGGGAAGUUUCUCCGAAGAUGAAGUUCUGAAAGUCACAAUUCAGUUGGCAUCAGUCAAGCCAGUAUCCAAAUGUCAAGAAAAAAUAAAGGAAAAACUACGAAGGAAAUUUCGACAUAUUCAUGAAGGACUUGCACUACCAAAGACACAAGUUGUGUUGCAUGACAUUUACACAGAGCUCUACAUCACUGAAGGUGGAAGUGAUGCAAUCAGAGAGGAACAUGAAGUGAGACUAAUUGAGAAAGCUGCCAAAAAUUUUAGCAAGCAAGAAACCCCUGUUAACAUAAGAGACAUUUUUAAGUCACCAACUGAUGGUGUCAGAACUGUUUUAACCAAAGGUGUUGCUGGGAUUGGAAAAACAGUGUCUGUUCAGAAGUUCAUGCUAGACUGGGCAGAACAUACUGCCAAUCAAGACAUUGACCUCAUACUUCCUCUGUUUUUCCGUGAUCUCAACCUUGAGAAGGAAGCCUGCAGUCUGAUGGCGCUUAUGCGGAGGUUUUUUCCCGAGCUCAAAAAUAUUGAAAGUGUUGAGAAUGGAAUUAAGAUUUUGCUGGUUUUGGAUGGUCUGGAUGAAUGUCGAAUCCACUUAGACUUUCAAAACACCAGGACAUGCUGUGAUAUAAUGGAGUCAAUAACUAUGGAUGUCCUUCUGACAAAUCUAAUAAAAGGUAACCUACUGCCCAGAUCUCUCCUGUGGAUCACCUCUCGUCCAGCCGCGACCAAUCAGAUACCCUCUGAGUGUGUACAGCGGGUGACUGAAGUUAGAGGCUUCAAUGACCCACAGAAAGAAGAGUACUUUCACAAGAAGUGUAAGGACGCUCAUAUGGCCAACACAAUGAUUAAGCAUAUGAAGUCAUCUCGAAGCAUGCACAUCAUGUGCCACAUCCCAAUCUUCUGCUGGAUUACGGCAACUGUCCUGGACAUACUGAUAAGAGACACUGAAAUUGGUGAAGUUCCAAAGAAUCAGACUCAGUUGUACAUACAUUAUGUAUUCAUACAAACUGGUUUGAAAAACAGGAAGUACCAGAAAGCCAUUAACGAAGAUCUGCGGAAGUUAACGCAAAGUGACAAAAGGAUGAUUUUGAACUUGGCGAAAUUAGCUUUCCACGGAAUGGAGAAAAACACUCUGAUCUUCUAUGAAGAUGACCUGAAGGAGUGUGGGAUUGACAUCAGUGAGGCAUCAGAGUUCUCCUCUCUGUGCACACAGCUGUUUAGAGAAGAGUUUGGAUUGUACACAGAGCGAGUCUUCUGCUUCCUACAUCUCAGUGUACAGGAGCAUUUGGCUGCCAUUCAUGUUCUGUGCCAAUUUUUGAACGAGGGCAUAAAUGUUCUUGCUUCACAUGGCAGUGACUCCACAACGCUGACAGACGUACUUAAGAGCGCAGUGGUCAAGGCUUUAGAAAACAAGCUUGGACAUUUUGACCAGUUUCUACGAUUCCUUGUAGGCCUUUCUGCUGAGUGUAACAGGAAGCUCCUACAAGGUCUUUUGCCUCAGCUGGGAAAAGAGUCCCUUCAAAAUGAUGAAAUUGUCCAAUUCAUUAAAGACAAGAUCCGUGAGGAAGACAGAACAGGGACAGAGACGAUUAACCUUUUCCACUGCUUGAAUGAAUUGGGUCACAAUUGUUUGGUGAAGGAUAUCCAGGAGAGUUUGCGUUCUGGUACACUCUGUGAUAAGAAAUUCAAUCCAGAGCAAUGUUCAGCCCUGGCUUAUGUAUUGCUGAUGUCAGAGGAUGUAAUGGAAGUCUUCGAUCUAAGGAAAUACAAGACAACACAAGCAUCCAGUCGUCAAAGACUACUUCCUGUCAUCAGGGCAUCGAAGAAGGCAAUACUCAGUGAAUGUGAACUCUCAGAAAAAGCAUGUGAGAUUGUGGCAUCUGCACUCCGUAUAGCAAAUUCUCCUGUACGAGAACUGGAUCUGAGCCACAACAACAUAGAAGAUGCAGGACUGGUGUAUCUCUGCAAAGGGCUGAAAAGCCCACACUGUCAACUUGAGAUAUUGAGACUUGCAGCCUGCAAGAUUACAGACAAGUCCUGCGGAAGUUUAGCGUCUGCACUCGCAAGCGCUGAGUCCAACCUCCGAGAGUUAGACCUCUCUUUAAACAAACUGACCAACACAGGGGUGAUGAUGCUCGAACCAUGGUUCAAAAGUGAGCAGUGUAAAGUGCAAAGACUGAGGCUAAAGCAGUGCAACCUUACAAAGAGUUACUGCAAGCACCUUGCUGAAGAGUUGACUUCUUCCUCCACAAAGCCAAUGGAGCUGGAUCUGACAGGAAAUGACCUGGAAGAUUAGAAAGGAUAACGCAGGAUGCAAGUGGAGGAAUUUUUGAUCCUGACUUGUGUGACUCAUAUAAAAGGGACAUACUCUUAUACUAACUGAAUGCAAAUAAUUAGAUUCAAUUACUGCACCUUUAUAUCUCAAAUAUGCUAUUGAGGUUAAAUUGCUUGUUUUUAUUAUGUUUACAGCAUUUAGCAGACACCCUUAUUCAGAGUCACUUAGAGACACCAAAGCUCUUCUAUAUCAGAUAUAAAGGAUAAAUCAGGAUAUACACGUCCUCAUGCUAGUUCACUAGGUCAGGGACUAAGGGUACCAUCGAGAACAUUUUGUGAAAACCAGUCAUGUAUAUUAUUGGCAUUAAUUAAAGAAUAUGAAAAAUAAAGAAAGCUAAUAUCAUUUAAACUAAUCAUUCAAUUAUGACAAAAGAAAUGGUACUGUAUAAACUGAGGACGGGCCGAUCUGUCUGCACAUCGCCGUCAGCUGUAAACAAACACCUCAGUUAACGAAAGAUUUAGCACUCAAUUAUUAUUAUACUGAAUAUUAUUAAAUAUUUUUAUUGGCAUACAACUGAGACAAAAUAAUUUCCACAUCUGCCUUUCAGCAUUUACACUAAUCCUUCAGUCUGUGCGCUCAGCUGUCUGUGCACUUGAACUUGAAGUUUUCUGGACGUCGCUAAAUGCAAAUGAGCCGUGUCAGGAAUGCACUUUGCACUGUAUUGAUGAUGAACAUACGAGGUGGUUGAACAAGUACAAAGAAAAUCAGCAUUUCCAAAACUUUUGUAAAUCCGGCUGAAAUUUUAAGUUUGGUUUGGCUAAUAUCACAAAUAUUUACACACAACUUUACUAAAAGUUUGCUAAAUGAGGACCGUUGUUACUUUCGAACAUAGAUAGCUGGCUUACUCGGUCGCAUCAGAUAGAAAGCUGGCAAGAAAGUUCCACAGGGAAUAAAAUUGUAUAUCUAAAAAUAAACUAAACAAAUAAAAUAAAGUGGUUAGAAUUUGUAGAAAAUAAGCAGGAAGACUUUUGAAUAGCAUGGGGACAAUCUGUCAGUGCCCACAGAGUUCAUAGUUGAUAGAACUAGAACUAGAAGUAAGAGCACUAUUAUUUUUAAACACAGUACAAAUUAAUUUUUUUCAUGUUUUGAUGCCAUGUGUUUGUCAAAUUGAUCAAGACAGACAGCAAUCAAUGCUGUCAGCGAUCAAAGUGUCCAUCUUGUAAUGAAAAUCCAGAAACAUUUUCAUGAGUCCUGGGUAUGACGACCUUAGCGCGCGCCUCUUCACCAGCCAUGUGUGUUUGAUUCACUAAUAUCCACUAAUAUCUUUGGAAUUAUUACUACUAAUCAUUUUAAUUUCAUGUCACCAGCUACCACAUCUGUUGCUAAACUUCUCUUCAAGAGACCACAUUUUAUAGGAAGAAGCCACCUUGAACGACUUGUAUAUUUUUAAUGAAGCAAAAUAUUUAUUUUCUGAUUAAAUUCUACAUUGACGUUUUUAGUUUAAGCAUCUAAUGUUUUUCGACCUUUCCUUGUAGUUUCCUACAUUAACCCUGAAAUCCGUUCAACUACCUGCUGAUAGUUGAACAUUUUUCACCUAUUAAACAGCAUUGUAACAGUGCUCCAAAUAACAAAGUUGGCAUCAACAAAAAAUUAACACUAAACACAUCAAAAAUAUUUGAAUAUAAAUAUAUUUAAUGUGUUUCAGGGUGGAGUUCUCCUUUACUACUGAAAAUGUAUUUAUGAGCUUUUGGACUUGUAGACAUGAUUGGUUUAGACAGAUGAGCUCCAGUCUUGUUUAAAUCUCCCUUACAAAUUUGUUUGUAUUAAUGCAAAUUAAGUUUUUUAUGCAUGCAGCAUCUUGUUAAUGUAAACUUACAUUUCAGGAAUCUUAAUUAAUAAUCAGAAUUUGUAUGUAUGUUCUUAUCUCUUAUAUUUAUUGUCGUGUUUUGUGGGUGGGUGUGUUUUGAACCAUGGACAGAGUGUGUCUGAGGUAUAUACACCACGUCAUGCAAAAAUAAAAGCCCCCACAGCAUAACAAA